UGUACAGGUUUUGAUGUUGGUCUGUGUAGUAUGACAAAGUUGAUAUUUUGUUUUUAUUUCUGUGUGUAGGCACCUGGAACUUAUGGUCUUAUGCAGUACACGAUGCCACCAAUGCAAAAUCAACCUGGCUUCCUCAAUAUGGUUCCACCCAUAAACCAAGGAAAUGCAUUGCGUGGAAUCACACCUGACCUGGGUCCUGGUAUGGCUCCUAGAAGUUUUGCUGCAAUGCCCUCUGCUAGUUAUAUAGGCUCUGCAUAUCCUGCAGUUCCACACCUUCAGUAUCCUAUGGCCUCUCCUGGUGGAAGGAUAAGUCAUAGGCUGUUGAGUAGUUCUCAUUCUAUGCUACCUUCAAACUCAAAUAGUAACUCAGCAACUUCAAGCAUCAGUACAAAUUCUGGGGCUCAAAUUGAAGGUCCUCCUGGUUCUAAUUUAUUUAUUUAUCACAUCCCGCAAGAAUUUUGUGAUCAAGAGCUUGCAAAUGCCUUUCAAUCAUUUGGUAGGGUCUUAAGUGCAAAGGUCUUUGUUGACAAAGCAACUGGUGUUAGCAAAUGUUUUGGCUUUGUCAGUUAUGACUCACCAGCAGCAGCUCAGUCUGCCAUUAAUAGGAUGAAUGGAUGCCAGUUGGGUGGUAAGAAAUUGAAGGUACAACUUAAGAGGGACAAGCAGCAUAACAAACCUUACUGAAACGGAAGGUACUUAACAGAUGGAAGCAGUAUUUACUUCCAUAUAUGGUCUCAUGCAACUUCAGUUUUGGGCGUUGAUCAGCCAGUGCAGGGUGGAUUGGAGAUUUUUAAUGGUUACAUAUAGUAAUCCAUCCUGGUGGGAACUGGUUGUUG